CUGUCCAAGGGCUAGGGGAUGCGCCGCUGCUCUUGCGUUGGCGUCGCCUCCUCCGCUCGCUAAGGCUGCCUCCUCCCUCCAGCCCCCGCCGCCCUCAGAGGACAGGUUCUCCAGCGGACAGCCCGGAAGAUCGGUUGGGGCUCGCACGCACUGGUCCCAGGUAUCGUUGCGGGGAGCGGCUCUGCGGCCCGGGGCGCGCACACCUGCGACCUGCGUCAGCCUGCCUAGCUGGGCCUGGGCUAGAAGGCCCCCCCCCCCCGGGGGAAAGUGUCGCCGCGGAGCGUGCAGCCGCCCCGCCGCGAGCCAGCCGGGCGCCGAGCGGGCGGGGUUGGGGGCGGGGUUUCCUGCCCACCCGGACCCCAGGACGGUUUGGCUGCUGACGUUAGACGCUGACCCCCAGAGUUUGGGAACACGCGGUGUGCAGUGGCAGAUUAAAUGCUGUCUUCGUAGACUUUAUGUCGUAUAUUCCGAAAUUAAGAGAUCGGAGUCGCUUUAAAAACCACCCACAAAUAGUGCAGCGAUACAUGAGCACGUUUAAAACAAAACAAAACAAAACUAUGCCAGACACUGCUAAACCUUGGAAAGACACGUACAGAGAAUGAAGGCAGCCCCUGAUGGGUGUCCCAAAAAUCUUGGUGCGGGUUUUAAGCCUGGACUUGAGAAUAAUAAUGAUAGUAAACAUUUAUAUGGCGCCUACUGUAUGCCAGACACUUCAUUCGGUCUUCAGAACCACCCUGGAAGUCACUUCAAUCGAAAAUAGCAAAUAUUGAAGAAAGUCAACUGCAUUCUCUGGUUGGCUGAACUCAUCUACAACAGCAGUAAGAAGAAAAUUCACUUACUUUUAUAAGGAGACUUCCCACAGAAAUUUAAUUAGCAACUAGAUGGAAAAAAAAUCAAAGGAAACUGGUUCAUUUCGAUAUAAAUAUAGAUUUGGGAGACGCCAAGCAAGCAAAGAAACUGACUGAAAUUGAGAGAACAGCAUUUGUAUGUGAAGCACAAGAGGGUGGUCAUGUAGAAUUUUAAUAAGAAACAUCGAUAUAAAUAACCUUUCCGAUGUCACUUUUUUAUGUUUGUAGCAAAUAUACUUCUUAAGUUAUUACAUCUAGGUCAUGAUUAAUGCAGGUUCAAAUCAUUUACAAUUCAGUUUAGUGCAAUUUAUAAAAUGAGAGCAAUUGAAUUUAAUGUGAGCCAAAAAAUUAGUUAAUUCAAUGUAUGUUAGUCAAAGGUUUUAACUUGCAGAUAUGUCAUUCCGCUCUUGCCUAUCAUAGUUUACUGAUGUAAUUUGUUGCUGUGUACCAUAUUACCAAGAGUUGCAUUAAUAUUUUUUUAAAAGCCCAUAACAAAAUGGACAAAAGGAAGAAGACUUCAGAUGAAAACACUGCCAGUGUGAAAAAAAAAAGGCUUGUUAUUACAUUAGAACAAAAAUGUGAUGUAAUUGAGCGGCAUGAACGUGGUCAUAGUAACUCCAAAAUAGGGCGAGAUGUAGGAAUGCCUGAAUCUACAGUACGAAAUAUUAUAAAACAUGCAGGUGAAAUUAAAAAAAAAGGUAAAGUUGCAUCCACUUUUUGUGGUUUGCAAACAACUACUAGGAAUAGAAGUGUUACAAUGAUAGAAAUGGAACGCCUUUUAGCUGUGUGGAUUGAUGAUUGUAAUAAGAAAUGCAUUCCUCUUAGCCGAGCUGCCAUUCAGACAAAAGCCUCAAGUUUAUUUAAAGCAGUAAAAGAAAAUGGCAAUGAAGUAGAUAGUGAGGAAACUUUUUCUGCCAGUGGUGGUUGGUUUGAUCGCUUUAAAAAUCGAGUUCAUUUGCAUCACGUUAAAAUUACUGGAGAGAUUGCCAAUGCAGAUGAGAACAUGGCAGCCAACUAUCCUGAUGUUUUAAAGAAAAUAAUUGGAGAAGGUGGAUACACUGAUCAACCAAUUUUUAAUGUGGGUGGAACGGGCUUAUUCUGGAAAAAGAUUCCUUUCAGAACUUAUAUUUUUAAGAAAGAAAAAACUCAACCUGGAUUUAAAGUGUCCAACGAUCACCUUACAAUUUUUGAGCAAAGUGAAUGUGAAAAUAGUAACUCUAAAAUAGAACAAAAUGUAGGAGUGCCUGAAUCUACAGUACAGAAUAUUAUAAAACAUACAAGUGAAAUACAAGAAAAAGACAAUGUUGCACCAGCUUUUUGUGGUUUACAGACAACUACAAGAAAUAGAAACAUUACAGUAGAAAUGGAGCGUCCUUUAGCUGUAUGGAUUAAAGAUUGCAAUGAUAAAAACAUUCCCCAUAGCAAAACAACUAUUCAGACAAAUGUUCCAAGUUUAUUUAAGGUAGAGAACGAAAAUGGAGAUGAAGUAGAUAGUGAAGAAAUCUUUACUGCAAACCAAGAUGACUUUGAUCCCUUUAAAAAUCAAGAUCAUUUACAUGUUGUUAAAAUUACUGAAAAGGCAGUUACUACAGAUGAGAAUAUGGCAAUUAAAUUUCCUGAUGUUUUAAUGAAAAUAAUUAAAGAAGGUGGAUACACUGAUCAACAAAUCUUCAAUGUGGAUGAAACAGGUUUAUUCUGGAAAAGGAUGCCAUCCAGAACUUACGUUUCUAAGAAAGAAAACACUCAACCUGGAUUUAAAGUGUCUAGGGAUCGUCUAACACUUUUAUUAGGAGGUAAUGCAGAAGGAGAUUUUAAAUUAAAACCAAUGCUUGUUUAUUGGUCUCAUAAUCCUCAUGCUCUCAGAGGCUACAACCAACAUUCACUUCCAGUUCUUUGGAGGUCAAAUAAGAAAGCAUGGGUAACUAAAGCUAUUUUUGAAGACUGGUUUUCAAGUUAUUUUAGCCCAGCUGUUGAAAAAUAUUGCAAGGAUAGCAACAUUGCUUUUAAAGCAUUAUUGAUUUUAGAUAAUGCCCCAGGUCAUCCAACUACACUUGGUUCCUUGUGUGAGAAUAUAAAAGUAAUUUUUUUGCCUCCAAACACAACAUCUCUAUUGCAACCCAUGAACCAAGGAACCAUUGCAACAUUUAAAGCCUACUACCUAAGAAAAAUUUUUGAACAAGCAGUUGCUAAAACUACAGGUGAUGAUGCAAUGUCUUUAGCUGACUUCUGGGAAAAUUACAACAUCAGAAAUGCAAUUGAAAAUAUUCAUUAUGCUUGGCAACAAAUAACUACACACAACAUGCGUGAAGCAUGGAAGUGCAUUUUGCCGCAUUGUACAAGUAGUAAUUUUGAAGGUUUUUCUUCUCAAAAGCAAGCUAUUAUAGAAGAAAUAAUAAACAUAGGAAGAAAGCUUGGUUUUGAUGAACUAGAAAAUGAUGAUAUCCUAGAAUUGUUAGAAUCACACUCGGAAGAAUUGACUGCUGAUGAUUUUCUAAAUUUAGAUCGACAACGGGUGUUUGAAGAUGUUGACAAUGAUUCUGAAGAAGCAGAUGAUAUCCAUAUGAAAGAGUUCACUCUCAAAGAAUUUGAAGAUAUCUUUCAAGCUUUAGAAGUUGUGAAGCAAAAAAUUAUGGAUGCUGACCCUGAUGUUGAUCGAAGAAUGCAAAUUCACCAAGAUGUGGAUAAAGCUCUUUGCACCUACCAGCGUAUGUAUGAAGAUUUAAAGAAAGAGAAGACAAUUCAAUCUACACUGCUAAAAUAUUUUAAACAAGAAUAACAGUGUUUUCAUCAUAACAGUGUAGGCUUAUCUUUAGGUAAGAUAUUCAGUAAUUUAAUUUUUUAUUUUCUUAAUUUUGCUUUCUAUAGCUAUUUGUAAUAAAAUUGAAUCAAAAGUACAUUUUUCUUAUCAUUUGUUAUUUUAUGUUAAUAAACAGUAAAAAAAGAAAAACUUAUUUUAAAUAUUUUCCUUGCAUAUUUGUAUCUGGCUGGAACUAAUAACUAUUUUUCAUAUAACUUCAAAUUAUUUAGCUUCAAAUAAUGCAACCAUUUCAUAGGAUUCAUUAUUCAUGCUAACUGGAAUCUAGUUGUGAAGCUUAAAACUGCGCAGUCUCCAUCCCCCAUUUCUCUUCAACCAUCAAACCAUCCUCUUAUUAAUAAGGAAUUUCCUAAAAGAAGUGAAUACAAACAUCAACUCAGUAUAAAAAUUUAUGCUGCAUUCAGGACUCAUUGUUCUAUCACCUCUGCAAAGAAGCAAAAAAUGCCUUUUUUCAACCCCUUUAACAGAAGCAAUCUUCUUGGUCAUAAUUAAUGUUCAAAAGGGAAACAAAGUAGGAUUCUGAAAAAUCUUUUAACUAUGCCAAGGAAUAGUUUAAGGGAGAAAAAAAAGAUAAACUAGAGGUAACAUUCAAAGAAUUUACACUCUGAUAGAACACAAUUUCUUUUUCAGACCUUAUGUCAUGGUCAGAAAACUUGAAUUAUUCCUGGUGUUGACAUACUAUUGAUACUGGACUGCAGUUAGGUUACUUGUUUUUGUUGGCAUUUCCUCUAUAAAAUAAGGAAGUUGGACUAUAUGACUUCUGAGCUUUAGAGUUCUUCUAGCCUAAAUAUGUAUUCUUAUUUGGAUUAUGAAAUGUCCAGACUAGCUUUCUGGAGGAUCUGUGGACGAGCCUUGGUCUUAGGUGGAGAAGUGAUGAAGGCAGGAGAGCCACCAUGUGGAUGGGUUUGCUUGUGUCUGAGUCUCUUCAGUCUUGAGAUCGAGAUCGAGCCCACACACUCAUCUCCAGUCCUCUCAGCCCUUAAAUACCUUAGUACAAUUACAUCACUACAGCACACUGAGCAUCUGCCAUCUGUAGAACCAUUAUAUCACCAUGUCAUGAGUAUAACAUACUAAGUAUAUGCCCAACUAGAAUGAUUCCUCAUUACAUCACACUAAGUAUAUGUAAACUAGAGAAUCAUUAUCUCAUCAAUCAUACUGAGUAAACACCCUGCUGUAAGUAUCCUUGCUUCAAGUAUACUUUUCCCAGAGUUCCUCACUAUCUUCAGUCCUCUACAGGAUUAUACAAAAUUUCUUUUGAUAUGACAAGUAUAUGUAACCUUAUUUUACAGAGAAAACUGAAGGAUAGAAAUCAAAUGGUAAGUAAUUGAAAUAGUCCUGGGUCUUCCAGUUAAAAGUCUAGUGUGCUUUCUACAAUCCACUAUUUAAAUGAGAUAGUAAUUGAUGCAUUAAUGUUUUAUGAAAAAAAGUAAAUGUAUUUUUGGCAAUAUUUGUUGAUUACUUCUUAUGUGCUAGGAAUAUAAAAAAGACAUGGUUUCUAUAUGAAACAGUGUGGAACAUCUUACACAUAUUAACACACACAGAAAAUAUUAAGUAGAAUAUGAAAUUCUAAAAAGAAAAGAAAAGCUUUUCCUAGGUAAGGCUUUCCUGGACCAUAGCAUUUAAAUUGAACCUUGGAAGAAAGAUAAGAAUUAGAAUGGGGCAGAGGUGGAGAAAUAGUGUAAAUGCCAAGGCAGAAAAGUAAGUUAAGGGAAGAGCCAAAAGUUCUAUUUGACUUAAAGCUCAUCAAGAUAAGUAGUGACAUAGGUAAAAAUGAUAAAUUGAGCCCAAAGUAUGAAGAUUCUUGAAUUCUGGAUGGUAGAAUUUCAACAUUAUUUGAUAAGUGGAAGAAAGUGAUUAACAAUUUCCAAAUGGAGAUAUAUGGGAGAAGGGGAGAAGUAAACAAUCUGAAUUAGAUUGACAACAAUGGUAAGAGACAAAUUAAUCAAAAGAUUACUAGGGACUAUCUGCUGGAUUAAUUUUUGGUAAUAGAAAUAGAAGUUAACCUUAGAGGAGAAAAUGAAGGCACUAGCUUCUGGAAGAAAAACCAGCAGAAAGUAGUCUUUGAGCUGAGUUUUGAAAGAAGUGAGUGAUUAUAAAAGGAACUGUACUCAAGCAUAUUGUAGCCAACUUACAAAGACUCUGCUUAAAACAAUUGUUAAAUUUUCAAUGUUAGCAAUACAGAUCAGGACUUGAUUUGUUUUGUUGAUUAUCUUAAGUAUACUGUGCAGCACAGUACCUGCAGGGGAGUAAUAGUUGUUCAUCAUUCCUUCUCAAAGAGGACCAAUGGCAUAAGAAGACUGGAAAUAUAGGAAGGGUACAAGUAAUAAAAACAGUUUAAGUGCCAAAUGAGGCAGUUUUUAAUUGAUCCUGGAAGCAACAGAACGCUAAAAUUUACAAAAUUGGGAGACAAGAGGGAUCUAUGCUUUGUGAAAAUUUAGGAAAUACUGUCAGCUAUGUGGAGGAGAAGCUUAAGUCAAGAAGUAAUAGUUAUUGAAAUAGUCCAGGCAAGAGGUGAUGAGGGCCAAAGCAAGAGUGAUGACCGAAUGGAUAGAGACAAAGGGUCAAUUACAUGAGUAAGAAAUUCGUGGAAAUAGAAAUGUCAAGAUUUGACAGCUGAUUGGAUAUAUAGAGUGAAUGAGAUUGAAAGAGAUUGUAAACUUGAGUGACUAGAAGAAUGGUAGUGCUCUUUGAAGAAAUAGGAAAAUUUAGAAAUGUGAUAGGUUUUGGAAGGAAAAUAAGGAGUUGUUUUAGACACAUGAAGUUUGAAAUGCCUACAGUAUGUCCAGUGUGGAAUGUGCACUAUGCAGUUAGUUAGUAAUGCAGGACUGAAGCCCAGAAGAGGCCAGGAUUUGGUGUAUAGAUUUGGAAAUCAAGAUUGAGACAAUAUUUGAACCUAUGAAAGCUGAGAUUAUCAAGUGAGAUAUAAAGAGAAAAAGGGGCAGAAGAAAGUCUUGGGGGACACUUACAAAUUGUGGUAUAAACAUCCAAUAAAGGAGACUGAGAAGAAAUGGGCAGAGGGUAGUAGUAUUGUGGAGACAGGAAUUGAACAUGGAGAACAUGAGGAGGGAAACAUGAAAGAUAAUUCUGAGUUUUCCAAUUAGUAGUCCAGAAUAAUAGCUAUGUCAUUGAUAAAAAUAGAAAAGUAAGGAAGUUUUUGGAAGAGCAAGAAAAAUGUCUGGCCGUGAAGAUAGUUAUACUAGGAGGAACCAAUUCCAUUUUUUCCCUUUUCCAGAGAAAGCUUAAACUGUGAAUCUUAACCCCAUGUGGAGUCUUAUUACUGAAUAUGUGAUUCAGAAAAUGAUGAUUACCAGUGAAUGUUUGAUUUGUAUAUUUUAUAUAUCUAUAUACCCAGAGUCACAGGUAAAAAUUUCCCAAGUGAAAAGGGGUCACAAGUGGAAAAAAUUUAAGAAGCAGAGUUUUCAGAAGAGGCCUUUCAUUUGAACAAGUCCAACUGUCCGGAGAGAGAGUGAAAAUCUUGAGUGAGGCACUCCUCCAAGCCUUUUGAACUUGCAGGAUGGGAUGUGAGUGCUAAUUUCUAUGAACCUACAUGACCCGACAAGAAGAAGUAUAUUGUGAGAUACAAACAGAACUUUCCUAUAGCCACCAAGCUCCUAAUGUGUGAUACUCAGUCCGGCAAGGAAGAGUAUGCAAAAAAUAGGCAUAGACAUAACUGUAAGAUGUUUUUGAGUUCUACACCAUACCCCAAGUUCCUCUACCAUACAAAAUGCUUGUUAAACAUUUGAUCCUCCAGGAAAGGGAAAGAACUUAAUACUUUAGUAACAAUUCUUAACUUGUGGUCCAAAACUUUUUUAAAAAUGUGUGUCUGUGUAUGUGUUAACAACUGUCAGUUCCUUUAUAUUUGUCUUUAUUUUAUGCAUUUAUAAACAUUCUGAGGAAUCCAUAGCAUCACCAAACAGUCAGAGAGGUCCACAACAGAAAAAGGUUCAGAACCCCUGUGCCUAGGAGCUGAGCAUGGCAAAAAAUGCAAGAAAUUAGGUCAGUGGAAAAAUGACUACUAGCUUCUGGGAGCUAACUGUGGUUACAGGAAAUAGCAGCAGUGACGGAGAGUGGUGGGGGAAAAAUAACCAAUGAUACUGCAGAGAAUGGCAGAAGGCAAGACUUGUCAGAUACUCAAUUCAUCAAUAAACAUGAAGCACCUCCUAUGUGCCAGGCCUUGGGAAUACAAAAAGAGG